UUGCGGAAGUUUUGACCACCGCCAUGGGUGAUAAUACCGCUUACAGAAAUGGAACUUGACAGAAAACUGUUACAAUUUUCUCUUGUUAUAUGUUGUUGUUCAAAGUCCAAUUAAUACAACGAAAUAAUAGUUUUUGAAUGUAAACAAUUUAGAUCCCUUCUAAGAGUCAAAACAGUCCUCUACUCUGAUAAAUACACCUGUAAACAUUGAGAUUUGAGGGAAAAAGAUGGGGAAGUUACUAUCCAAAAUAUUUGGUAACAAGGAGAUGAGAAUUUUAAUGCUGGGCCUUGAUGCUGCUGGAAAAACAACAAUUUUAUACAAAUUAAAACUAGGACAGUCUGUGACGACGAUACCAACUGUAGGAUUUAAUGUAGAAACUGUAACUUAUAAAAAUGUCAAAUUUAAUGUAUGGGAUGUUGGAGGACAAGAUAAGAUACGACCAUUAUGGAGGCAUUAUUAUUCUGGAACACAAGGACUUAUAUUUGUAGUAGAUUGUGCCGAUCGUGACAGAAUAGACGAGGCUCGACAGGAGCUACAUAGGAUAAUUAAUGAUAGAGAAAUGAGAGACACUAUUAUACUUAUAUUUGCUAAUAAACAAGAUUUACCUGAUUCAAUGAAACCACAUGAAAUUCAAGAAAAAUUAGGAUUAACACGUAUACGUGAUAGAAAUUGGUAUGUUCAGCCAUCAUGUGCUACAUCAGGAGAUGGACUAUACGAAGGACUCACUUGGUUAACAUCCAAUCAAAAGUCUUGACCCUAGUCAUUAUAUUUAGUGUACUGCAGCUUCAUCCAGAAUGGGCCAAAAACAGGAAGAGACUGGCUGAAAAAGGCCGCCUACAUUUCUUAAUUCUAUCUAAAGUGCUGUUUUGUUGUAAAUUUUUGCAGAAGAAUUAUCUAAUAAUGUAUGAUGAUGAUAAUUAUGUAAAGAAUGGAAUGUUUUAAGUCCAAUGACACAUGUAUACAUUUAGAAAUGGAGGGAUUUUUCUCAGCGUUAGUGGUUAUGUAUGUUGAUAGACGAUACUGUUGAAUGGAGUCACCUCUUUGCUGCAGAUUAUUAUUUAAUCAUUUAAAGAAAAUUUUAACAUUAUAUUUUCUUCAUUUUUAUUUAGCUUGUAUAUUUUAACAAAUAAGCUUUUUCCUCCUCCCAAUAUGUCCAUGUAUCAUGCAUAUGUUGAUCUUUUUAUUUCUCAAAUUUUCAUCCAUAGCAUUGUAACUUUUUUAGUACUUAUUAAUAUUAAUAAACACUUUGGUUAACUAUCAUGAAUGCAAAAUUUGGAAAAACCAUAUCAAUGGUAUAUUUAAGGUAUUCAAUGUAAAAGUGAGAACUUUCAAGAUUAUCCACAUAUUAUUAUGAUUUUUCUAAAUUUUAAGGUUCUUAUUAGUGAAAGGAAAAAUUCUAACCCCAUAAAAGGAAUUAAAUGAGGGAACAAAAUACAUAGGAAAUAACUGGCUCGGGAUGUAUAUAUAAUGUUGAAAUACCCAUGCAUACCUCUACAAUUUUAUUUUGCUUAAAAUGAUGUCCAUAUUGAAUACCUGAUUGUCAUUAACAUACAUGUAGACCUAUAUUUAUAGAAGAGUUUACAAUGCAGUAUUGUACACCUUUUUUGAUUUAAGGUAAAAUUCAGAUCUUCAAAUUUUCAUUUGAAAUAGAAUUUUUGUUACAUGAAAAUAAAGAAUUUAUUAAUAACACUUAUCUCUAAAAGUUCAAUUUCUGUCUUCAUUUAACAGUAUAAUAAUACAAUCAAGUUCACUGGGUCAUUAUGGUUACUUUUUUCAACUUUGACUGUGUACUGAAUAUGAUUGUAUCACUUUCUUGUGUGACACCAAAACUAAAAUUCGACUUGACUGUAAUUAUUUUAUUUUUUUUAAUAUUUAUGAAAUUAUCUGGAUUUUGUUUUUCAAACAUACUGAUAAUUAGUUUCCAGAUGAUGAGAAAAUAACUUUUACUUCUUAUUUAAAUGUACUAUUAUCUUAAAUGCAUUCAUAUAGUUUACAGUUAACAUAACUUACACACUUAUAGUUUAAAAGAUAUUUAAAAGGUGUUUAAGUGGAGAAGCUUUUUGUUGAUGUACAUAUUUUUUAUAUUUUUAAUAUGCUGUAUAAAGCAAUGUUUCCGUUUUAAAUUGUUAUAGUUUGAAAGAUCUAGGCAUCAGAGCUGUAUGGAGUUAUGGCAUACAUGUAGUUGUAAAUUUUGAUUGACAGACAUAGUCAUACAGUUUCUUACACAUGAAGAAAUUGAGUUUAAUUGUUUGUAAAAUUGUAAUUGUGCAAUCUGAACUCUCAUUUUAUUGUAAUGUGUGAUUAAUUUUUUAUACAGUUGAACCACAGUUAUUCAAACAAACAUCAGCCUUUGUUUUACAUAAUCAUUUAAAAGUAAGAACUAAACAUAUGUAUAUUAGUCAGUGCUUACAAUUCAACUAACUGGAGAGCUAAGUUUUGAGUAGCUGUGGUUCUACUGUAGAUCUCUUGCUCAGUAGGUAGCAACAAAUUGAAGCCUUUCCUUGUAUGUAUUAAUAUUAAAAAAUAUGGGAUAGAUUAACAAGAAACCUCAAAAACAUGUAUGUAGUGUUCAAAAGCAGUUCUGGAUAAAACAAGAACUGUUGAAUUAGGGAGACUUGAUGUAGGCUAUUUAGAUUAACAUUACCUCUGUAAUUCACUAAUAUCUUUUUAAUUAUUGUUUAACCUUUCUCAUUUCUGUUAAAGUUGGAAUUGUAAUUGUAAAAAUUAAUAUAUUCUAUUAAGAUAUGUUUGAACAAAAAAUCAUGUGUGGUUAAUUGUUCUAUUCAGGGUAUAUAUUUAAUACCUGGUGCUGAUUUAUCAUGUGAUUUGGUAGGAAUUUCAUUAAGAAAAGGGAAUUAGAAUUCUUAAUGGUUACGUUUCAAAGUGUCAAGUCUAGAUAAAACUUUCCAGUGUUUCUGUUGAGGAAUCAUUUAUCUUACUCCCAUAGUAGUUCUCCAGUUGAAAUAAAUAUGUUAAACUCUCUAUGAUUUUAAGAAACAUAAUUUUGUAAUAUUAAAUGUAACUUUUGAGUAAAUAGGAUUAUCAGAGUCAAUAUAAGUUUGAAAAGCCGUCAACAGAAUCGACAUUUUUGACUAAUAGUUGUAUUUUACAGGUGUUUUAAGAUAAUGUUAUUGUUGAUUCUUUAUGAAAUAAACCAAAUUAUUUCAUUUCCGACUUCUUUAUGUGACUGGUUUCCUGUUUUAAAUUAUGAAAUCUUAGAACAGUAAAACAUAUCAUGUUAAUGUAAUAAUCAUGAUUUAUAAAGACAUUGAGUUUGAUCAAGAUGUUGUAAUCAUGAUUUGUAAAUGCAUAGAGUUUGAUCAAAAACUAUAAGAUAAUAAAAGAGAAAAGUAGAAAUUCCUAGUAGCUUGAUGCAUGAAAAGUUUUACCAUUUAAUUCAUUUACAAUUUAUAGUGAAUGAUAGCUUUUUUGCUUAUAUUGAAUUUGUUAAUUAUUGAUGUGAAUGUUUUAUAUGAAUGAUUUGCUUCGGAAUACUUCCAUUCAUAAGAAAAAAAUAUGUAAAGCACUUUCAUUUAUAUAUUAAUGCCUUUAGGUUAUUUAAAGUUGAUAAACAAAUAUUUAUAAAGACAUAUAUUUAGGGGAAAAUAUAUACCUGGUAAUUCUUUUUGUGAUUUUUUGAUUUUUGCAAUAUCUACUCAGUUUUAGUUUAUUUAUUUUGCAUACUUCAUUAAUAAAAAAUAGUUGAUAUAAAGAAAAGAUAAUUAAAAAUCAGUUUCUCAGUAUUUCUACCACGUCUUAAGAUUUUUUUUUUAAUAAAAAUGAAUUGUAAUUUAUACUUGAGGGAAAAAGACUUUGAAUCUUUGUCAGAAAAAUAUAAAGAUUUUUUUUAUUACAAAAGUUCUUUGAAAGAUAAUAUUGAUAAAACAUUUGAUAAAGUAAAGUGAAAUACAGGAAUUCUGAAAAUUAAAGAAACAAGUUAAGUUAGAAGUUGAAAAAACACAUUUUUAUAUCCUAAUGGAAGUAUUUAAAAACAUGUGAAAUUUAAACUGUGCAUAGUUUUAAAUGGUAACCAUUACCCUAAUAUUUUAACUGUGCAUUUAUUUUGUUUUUAUUGUUAUAUAGUCAGCUUCCAUUAAAGGGGAGACAAAUCUUGUUAUAUUCAGUAAAACACAUGAAUUCUGGUAAAACCGUGUAUAAUGAAAGUAUGCAAAUGUUAUUAAAUAAGUAUAACAUGAUACAAAACCAAA